AUGACUACAAAUGUUCGUGCAGCGGUAUCACAAAUAUUGCGAAAUAAAGAUGAUGCUGGUGACGAGGAAGAAGAGCCAAAAAAGAAAUCUAGGGAAGACUGGAGAAAAGCUAAGGAGUUAGAAGAGGCUCGAAAGGCUGGUACUGCACCUGCGGCUGUCGACGAAACUGGCAAGGAUAUCAACCCUCAUAUUCCACAGUACAUUUCUUCAGCUCCGUGGUACUAUGGUACGUCAGGCCCUACUCUCAAACAUCAACGUCCACAAGCUGAUAGAGAGGGACAGUUUACUAAACUUGACACUUACUACAAUAAAGGAGUUGACACUACAAAACUAGCAACAAAGUACAGAAAAGGUGCAUGUGAAAACUGUGGAGCUAUGACCCAUAAAAAGAAAGAUUGUUUAGAGAGACCAAGAAAAAUAGGGGCCAAAUUCACUAAUGCUGCUAUAGCACCAGAUGAGUUUAACCAACCAAACCUGAACCUGAGCUAUGAUGGUAAACGUGACAGAUGGAAUGGUUACGAUCCAGAACAGCAUAAAGCCAUUAUUGAGGAGUAUCAAAAAGUAGAGGAGGCUAAAAGGGAACUAAGAGCUAAGAAGUUAGAACAAGAUCCUACAGCUACAGAAGGAGAUGACAAAGAAGAAGAGGAUGAAGACAAGUAUGUAGAUGAGGUUGACAUGCCUGGUACAAAGGUGGACUCAAAACAACGGAUUACAGUACGAAACUUACGUAUUAGAGAAGACACCGCCAAGUACCUCAGGAAUUUGGAUCCAAAUUCUGCUUACUACGAUCCCAAGACACGUUCCAUGAGGGAUAAUCCAAAUCCUGGUGCAGUUGAGUCUGAAUAUGCGGGCGAGAACUUCGUGAGGUUCACGGGCGAUACGCGUGCUCAUGGCGAGGCGCAGAUGUUCGCAUGGGAGGCGCACUCGCGAGGCCUGGACGUACACCUGCUGGCCGAACCCACCAAGCUGCAGCUGCUGCAGCGCCAGUACGACGAGCGCAAGCGACAGCUCAAGACGCAGAUAAAGGAAUCGGUGUUAGAGAAGUACGGUGGUGCAGAGCAUCUUCAAAUGCCUCCCCGGGAACUGCUGUUAGCGCAAAGCGAAGUUUUCACACGUUACAAUCGAGAUGGAACACUUGUACAGGGACCUGAGAAACAACUUGCCAAGAGCAAAUAUGAAGAGGAUGUGCUAAUAAAUAACCACACAACAGUCUGGGGAUCCUACUGGCGGGACGGGCAGUGGGGCUACAAGUGUUGCCACUCAUUCAUAAAGAUGUCAUACUGCGUUGGUGAGGCGGGCAAGUCAGUUGUGCUAGAUGUGCCGGAAGAAAAGAAGGAAGUAAAAGAAAAGAAGGAGAAGGAAAAAUCAGACAAGUCAUCAUCAGAAUCCAGCUCAAGUAGCAGCAGUUCAUCCGAUUCGGAAACCGACACAAGAUCGAGAACAGAGAAGACAAGUAAAAAGAAGAAGAAUAAAAAGAAGGCUAAAAAGAAGAAGAGGAAGGAGCAGAAGAAAGAAAAGAAAACAGAAGAUAAGUUGAAAAAGGCUUUAGAAGAUGAGGAGAGACAGCAAAAACGAGCAGAACAUCUACUUUCUGUAGAUGAAAGAAAACGUCCAUACAACAGUAUGUAUGAAGUAAAGGCUCCAACAGAAGAGGAAAUGGAAGCCUACAUGAUAAAGAGGAGACGAGAAGAGGAUCCAAUGAGUCAGUUUAUGUAA